GUGUGUGUGUGUGAGAGAGAGACACACACACAGACUUGUUCAGACACGGUGAAGGUGUGGCAGCAGCAGAAGCGGUCAGUGUGUAUUUCUUGUGACAGGAGCAGAAACUUUUCCUGCAGUGUGUGUCUCUCUCUGUGUGUGUGUGUGUGUGUGUGUGUGUGUGUCUCUGUAUGUGUGUGUGUGUGUAUGUCUUUGUGGGUUUAAUGUGAGCGGGCAGGUUGCUGUAGCUGCUGUUUUUGUUGCAGUUGUGUGUCUGGAGCACAGGAGAGAGCAGCUCUGUGGCUCUGAGACGCGGUGAGACCGAAGCAGGAUCCUCUAAGGUUGGAUUAAUCGGUUUUUUGGGUUUUUUUUUUUUUUUACUUCUUCUGUAUUCUGGAUUCCUGAGAGGUCAGCGCGUGCAUAUGUUCCCGUUGUACAGGAAGUGAACGAGGCUGGCAUGGAGAGAGUUUAACACCUGCAGGACAAACAGGUAAACACACACUGAAGCAAUCAUGAGGAGGUUCAGCUCUGAGGGCUGCCUCCUUGAUCUGGACUUUCUCCCGUGGAAGAAGGUGGCCCUGAAAAACCCGAAUGAUGAGGGGACGCGUGACUUUGGCACCUACACGCCUCACCUGGAGGAGGACGGGCUGGAUGGGGGGAGUGGCAGGGACACCCCUACCGUCCUGGAGCCUGUUGGGGCGGAUGGAGGGGGGAGGGGGGAGCUGAGGAAGGAGCACAGCGUGAGCGUGGAGGAGCUGAGCGAGUUACAUAAACAGAACCACCUGCGGGUGAUGAGUGAGGGCUGCAGGGCGUACAGUGACGGGCAGCUCGCCCCCGACAACCAGGGGAGCACAGAGAGCAUGGGGAGGGAACACCCGCCUCACCCGUCUCCCUCCUCUUCCGCCAACUCCUUGAAGUCCACACAUGGACACCGCAGAGACAAACUGUCUGCGGCCAAACUUCACCUGAAGAGUCUGUUUGGACCGAGUCCUCACUCCUCAAACUCCAACCUGUUCAACCCAGAACACAAAGACAGCGUGGUGGAGCGGCGGUCUCGGCUGCAAUUCAUGCACCAGUGGUCUCAGGUGGGACACGGUAAGAAGAGGAAGGUGUGCAUGGAGGAGCUGGAGAAGUGGGCGGAGUCUCUGAACGCCCUGCUGGCCAGUCAGACCGGUGUCCAGGUGUUCAAGACGUUCCUGCGCUCAGAGUUCAGCGAGGAGAACCUUCAGUUCUACCUGGCCUGUGAACAGUACAAACAGUCGUCCAACAACUUCACCAUGCAGCGGAGAGCACGAGACAUCAUCAGCACCUACAUCCAGCCCGGAGCACCCAGAGAGGUGAACCUGGACAGUAAGACCCGGGAGCUGACCCUCCAGCUGCUGCAGGCCCCCUCCCACACCUCGUUGUCCCGCGCUCAGGCACGGAUCUACACCCUGUUGGACUUGGACUGUUACCCCCGCUUCCUUCAGUCCAACAUGUACCUGUCCCUGCGGCACCCAGACGACUAACACCGCACACACACACACACACCUGGACUCUGGAGGAGGCGUGGCUAAAGAGACUUCUCCCUGAGGAUUAAUCCCACCUUUAAAAAAAACAAAUGUGAUCGUCUCCUCGGAGGUUAAUUUCUUCAUUAUCGUGUUUUCUUGUUUAACACAGAGAACAGCUGCAGAGGUGAAUUUUCCCGUCUGUGUGAAACUCUGUUGCUCCUUUAAUCAUUAACCCCUCCCCCAUCACCUGUGAGCUUUAACGCUUCAUUAACCCGACUUACAACGUCAGGGUUACGUCUGAAUUCUAACGUCUGAGUUUCUGCUGACUCAAAAAAAACAAGUCUAUCUUGUAAAAGUUGAAUUUCACGGUGAGGAAGAGGAAACAUGAGCUCAGUGAACUUUCUGUCCUGUGUCUCCUGGAGAGGGUCCUGGAGAGGGUCAAACAAAGACUGAGUGUGUGAACACUUCACCUUCAGACACACACCUGUUCAACAGGUGAGAUCGGUCUGGGCUGCAGGCAGGUUAAUCCGAGGACGCACCUGUACCUGCAAAGGAUGCUGGGACGUGAAGAGGUGGAGUCGGAAGUGGGCGGAGCUAAGAGACAAUACAGCGGCAUUAUAAUCCAAACCUCCAAAAACCCUGUUGUUGUAGAUAAAGAGUGAAAUGUAAUCUGUGCUAAGACACGGGACAGAUCAGAACAAAUCUGAUAUUUUGAAAAAUAAAUGUUCCUGAUGAUAAAGCUGCACAGGUCACAGGUCAAAUAGAGGAAAGCUUUAAACAUGGAUCAAGUUUUUAUCCUAAACAUGAACAGACUCGGUCCACACUGCAUACUGUUUCACUUUUAUUUUAAUAUAAACCAAGAAAUGUU